AUGUCAGGGCCACGUUUUGGCAUCGGACUUGCACUUGGUCUUUUGUGGACGUUCAUCAUCGGAGUGGAUCCGGCAUGUGCUCAUAUCGCUGUAUCUCCCUUUGAUAGGUGGGCUAUGAAGACGCCACGGAUGGUGAAUGGAAUUGUUCUCGAAACCCCUGUUGCGCUUGCGACGGCGACGACAGAUACAGCGACAUCGGCAUCGACAUUAGACACUAAGCCUGACCCUGACCCUGACGCCAGUAUUCCAGUCAUGACUUUCACUUUGGUUCGGGCAUCGAGUCCUGCGUCCAUCCCAGGAGAAGAUGGAGGAAAUUCCACGGUGUCGAAGUUGACGUCCGCGCCAGUCCAGACAGAUAUGUCGACAUCGAAUGAAUUGACUUCAAUAUCAACUGAGAACAUCUCGACUGUGCCUACUAUGACCACCUCGGUGGCGACCAGUUCUUUGAAUGGGUCGAGCUUUAAUGACACAGGAAACUAUGCCAAGUGGACAAUCAGUCCAGCCCUGGCUACCUCUCAAGCAUCCUUCAUAGAUGUGUCCAGGGAAAUGCCAGUCGCUAUGGCGAUAGGGUCGUUAUUGCUGGUAUGGGCUUUCUUUGCAUAA